CUCACCAGCGCCACCGCCGACAAUGUCGGUGGUGUGCGGUUUUGAAUGCUUUCUUUGCCUUGGAUUCACGCGCUGGUUAUGGAAGCGCCUCCGCUACGUUGGCUCCAACGACUCCGACUCAUGGCCUCUCGCCGGCGAGGAUUUCCGUCCUAUCCCCCGCAUCUGCCGCACCGUCCUCGCUGCCUACGAAGAGGAUAUUUCUCAUCCACAUUACGCUCCUCCCGCCGGGUAUGGAAUGAAACUGGAAUGGCUCGUCAAGCGCGUCCCCGACAAAGAAACGGAGAAUCAGUGCCCGCCCUACCUAAUCUACGCCGAUCGCGAGCACCACGAGAUCAUCCUUGUCAUUCGCGGCCUCAAUCUAGUCCGCAAUAGCGAUUACAGAGUCCUCCUAAACAAUCAUCUCGGUAUGCAAAUGUUCGACGGAGGAUAUGUCCACCACGGCCUGCUCAAGGCCGCCGCAUUUGUGCUCAAUCGGGAGUCGGAGAUGCUGCGAAAAUUGAUUGGAGAGGGAGGUUCGGAUUAUAAGUUGGUAUUUGCUGGGAAUUCUCUGGGCUCCGGCGUGGCGGCGCUAAUGACGGUUAUCGUGGUUAACCAUCGGGAUCAGUUCGGUGGAAUCCCUAGGAGUCAGAUCCGGUGUUAUUCGAUCGCGCCAGCAAGGUGUAUGUCGUUGAAUCUUGCGGUUAAGUACGCGGAUGUAAUCAAUUCUGUUAUUCUUCAGGAUGAUUUCCUACCAAGGACUCCUACUCCAUUAGAGCAUAUUUUUGGAUCCAUCUUCUGCUUGCCAUGCUUGUUAAUUUUUCACUGCAUCAGAGACACCGUUGUACCGGAAAGCCGAAAGCUUAGGGACCCAAGAAGGCUUUAUGCGCCUGGUCGAAUGUAUCACAUUGUUGAGAGAAAAAUUCUCAGAUGGGGAAGAUUCCCGCCUGAGGUGAGGACUGCUAUUCCAGUUGAAGGAAGGUUUGAGCACAUUGUCCUGUCAUGUAAUAGCACAUCUGAUCAUUCAAUUGUGUGGAUAGAACGAGAAGCACAGAAGAUUCUAGAUAUGAUGAAGGAAAGGGAUGAGAUGGCAACUGCUCCCACUCAACAGAAAAUGGAAAGAAAGCAAACCUUAGAGAAGGAACACAGGGAUGCACUGGAAAGAGCAGUCACCCUGCGAGUGCCUCAUGCAACCUCACCAUCAGAACCAAAACCAGAUGUGAUCAGCUCUGCACUUUCAGAGAACAAGAAUCAAAAAGCUCAUGCCGAAAACGAUUCUAAGUCCAGUGGGACGAUAAAUUGGGUUGAUCUGGUUGACAAGCUCUUCACUCGGAAUAAACCUGGCAGCAGCCACUUCCUGAAGACGGACAUGAGCGUGAUUUGAAAUGUUGCGGCUACGUUAUUCGCCAUACAUAUGGUAUUUAUAGAAUUCAUUAUUCUUUUGUAACUAUAUCAUAAAUCAAGCCACAUUUUUUUAAAGAGCAACGAUGACCUAUUG